AUGGGCAGCACCAUGGAGCCCCCCGGGGGUGGGUACCUGCACCUGGGCGCUGUGACAUCGCCGGUGGGCACGGCCCGCGUGCUGCAGCUGGCCUUUGGCUGCACCACCUUCAGCCUGGUGGCCCACCGGGGCGGCUUUGAUGGCGUCCAGGGCACCUUCUGCAUGGCCGCCUGGGGCUUCUGCUUCGCGCUCUCGGUCCUGGUGGUGGCUUGUGAGUUCACCCGGCUGCACAGCUGCCUGCGCCUGUCCUGGGGAAACUUCACAGCAGCCUUCGCCAUGCUGGCCACACUGCUGUCCGCCACAGCUGCGGUCAUCUACCCACUGUACUUCACCCAGCUGGAGUGCCCACCCGAGCCCGCGGGCUGCACAGCCAGGGACUUCCGCCUAGCAGCCAGCAUCUUCGCCGGGCUCCUCUUCCUGGCCUAUGCCACGGAGGUGGCCCUGACGCGGGCCCGGCCAGGCCAGGUGGCCAGCUACAUGGCCACGGUGUCGGGACUCCUCAAGAUCGUCCAGGCCUUUGUGGCCUGCAUCAUAUUUGGGGCGCUGAUCCACGACAGCCGCUACGGGCGCUACGUGGCCACCCAGUGGUGUGUGGCCGUCUACAGCCUGUGCUUCCUGGCCACAGUGGCCGUGGUGGUCCUGAGCGUGAUGGGCCACACAGGGGGCCUGGGCUGCCCCUUCGACCGUGUAGUGGUGGUGUACACCUUCCUGGCUGUGCUCCUCUACCUCAGCGCUGCAGUGAUCUGGCCUGUCUUCUGCUUCGACCCCAAGUAUGGUGAGCCUGGGCGCCCCCCCGACUGCCUGAGGGGCAGCUGCCCCUGGGACAGCCAGCUGGUGGUGGCCACCUUCACCUAUGUCAACCUGCUCCUCUACGUCGCUGACCUGGCUUACUCCCAGAGGAUCCGCUUUGUGCCUACCUUGUAG